AACAACAAAAAGCAAGGAGAGAAGAAUCAAGCAAAAGAAAAGCCAACGAAAUCAACUGCGAAAAUUUUGUGCCUUCCUCCAACACAUAGCUCGUUCGUUAUUCAAAUGCUUUUAAAUGUGAGCGCAAAGGAUUAAAAUACGGCAAAUAGUUGAUGAGUGCGUGUGUAUGUGUGUGCAUAAUAUCAAAAUAGUCUCUACAAUAGUGCAACGCAACCAGAUUCGAGUGCGUGCAGCAGCAACAACACUAAAGAGAGCGAGAGCCAGCCCGAGCCGUAACUCACUUUGCUUUGGGAUUUUUUGUUGCUACCUUUUCUUGCUUUUGUUUUUGCUUGAAAAUUUUAUAGACGAACCAAAAUUUUAAGUCAGCUGGCCUGGUGUGAAAAGUGACAUAAGCUAUCAUGUCCUGGACUGAGAAAGUGGAUCCUGAGUUGAUCUUCACCAAGCAAGAGCGCAUUGGCAAAGGGUCUUUUGGCGAGGUCUUCAAAGGCAUUGACAACAGAACGCAGCAGGUGGUGGCCAUCAAGAUAAUUGAUUUGGAGGAAGCUGAGGAUGAGAUUGAUGACAUACAACAGGAGAUCAUGGUACUCUCCCAGUGCGAUUCGCCGUAUGUAACUAAAUACUAUGGAUCCUUUCUGAAAGGAACCAAACUAUGGAUCAUUAUGGAGUACCUGGGCGGCGGCUCUGCAUUGGACUUAAUGAAAGCGGGCUCCUUCGAAGAGAUGCAUAUUGGUAUCAUAUUGCGGGAAGUACUCAAAGGGCUCGACUAUUUACACUCAGAGCGCAAGCUGCAUCGUGACAUCAAGGCAGCGAACGUUCUGCUCAGCGAGCUUGGCGACGUAAAACUAGCCGAUUUUGGAGUGGCUGGCCAACUUACCAAUACGACAUCUAAGCGAAAUACUUUUGUAGGUACACCGUUUUGGAUGGCGCCCGAAGUUAUAAAGCAAUCACAGUAUGAUUCCAAAGCGGACAUCUGGUCGCUGGGCAUCACAGCCAUUGAGCUUGCCAAAGGUGAGCCACCUAAUUCGGAGUUGCAUCCGAUGCGUGUACUAUUUUUAAUACCGAAAAACAAUCCGCCCCAAUUGACUGGCAACUAUACCAAGUCGUUCAAGGACUUUGUUGAGGCGUGCCUCAACAAGGAUCCGGAGAAUCGACCAACUGCUAAGGAGUUGCUCAAGUAUCCGUUCAUUAAAAAGGCUAAAAAGAAUGCUUAUCUAAUUGACUUAAUCGAUCGCUUCAAAAAAUGGAAACUCUCUAAAGGCGAUGAGAGCGAAACUGAGUCGGAGAACUCUGAUUCCGACUCGGAUGCCAAGCAGAGCGGUGGCGGCGGCAGCGGUCACGACGAGCCCUGGAUAAUGACCGUUAAGGGGCUACACAUCAAUAGUGCACCGCGUGCUGGGGUCAACAGCCUUCAGCUGCAGGAGCACGAACUAACCAUGCAGAAGCUUAUGGCCACUACACACUCGCCCUCGGGUGGCUCCUCCGCCACCAGCAGUCAAUCAGCUUCGACCAGCAGCAUUAAUAACAGUAUUGGAGGCCAGGGCAAGGCGAGUGCAGCCAAUGUAGGUAAUGCGCUUACAUCGGCGGCGUCGUCUGGCAGCGACUUGCCGGCAAUGAUCAGCAGUAACAGCAAUAGUAACAACAAUAAUAACAACAGUAACAACAACAACUUAAACAGCAACAAACAUGCCACAACAACCAUGCUUAAUGCGUCAUUGAGUGGUGGAGGGUUAGGAGGUGGAGGUGGAGCAGGAGCAGCCGGCAAUGCAUCUUCGGGCGCGGGAAGGAUGCUGCCGGUCAGUACAUCUAAUUCGGCCACUGAUAUAAUGCAGAAACGUGCCAGCUCCAAGCCAGAGCUGCGUCAGUCGCGUUCGGUUGCCACAUUGGACCAGGUGGAGGAACGUCGCGCCUCCCUGGGCUUACCACUUAGUAUGGACCAGCAUCAUCAGCAGCAGCAGCAGCAGCAGCGUCGUAGCAACAACCGUGAAUCAUUCCAUGCGACAAGCGCCAACAACGUGAACAACAGCAGCAACAGUGGCAUGAACGCUGCCGAACAUAACGAUUCAUUGGCUUCCAAUCAAUCCAAUCACGGCAAGCUAUCGUCCGGGCAGGGCCAGCGAAUGGUAUAUCAUACGAACAGCGCUUGUCUAAACAAUUUACUCUUCCCGGUACUAAGCGACAUACAGCGCAAGUACAGCAACAGCAGCAAGAAUUUGCAGAGCAUGCAUGGCGUUGGGGUCGGCAGUGACAUUGGCGAUUUGAAGUCUGUGUUUGAGCUGGCCGAGCGUAGCAGUCCGGGCGUUAGCGAUCUGUUCAUGAAGGAGCUAAUCCAUAUGCUGAUGCCGGGCUAUUCGGAGACGCGUAUUAAUAAUAUUAUGGAUCGCGCCAUACACAAUCGCAAAUAGACCGUGAAACGGCCUACCCAUAUUCCAAAACAAAACAAACAUAUAUAUAUUCUAUAUAAAUACUAUACAUGUUAAAUAAAACCCAACAAGCAACAACAAACAGCAGCAGUAACCAACAUAUUCCGACAUAGUGGCCAAUGGAGCAAGCAGCGUUAGACUUAUGAAAAACGAAAGUUUAUAUAUACUUAUGUAGUUGUACAUUACGUAUUUCAACUGAGCCAUGUGGCAAAUGUUUAUUCAACAGUUAUUUAGGCAUAUAAUAUGUAUUCGUUUGUUUAUCUGCAAUAUUAAUAUUAUUAAUAUAAUGUAAAACAU